CAUCAAGAGAGCAACAAUUGCUGUUGUGUGGGUUGCAUCUCGUGUUCGUUGUCGUGGCCUAUUUUAGACAGCGGUGAGAAAAUAUCUUCAUUACUGUGAAACAUCUACCACAGUGAACUGAACUACAGUAUCGAGAGGUUCGUGUUUGCGUAAGCGCUCUCCGUUCGAGCGUUUUUCGCGAGGGCAUUAUAAGAGCAGCACGCAGGCGCCAUGGCGGAAAAUUCGCAGCAAACCAGCUUGACGGCUACCGUCAAACACGAAAGCGGCGCCUCUAGCCCCGCCAGCGGAGUAGGAACGACCGAGAGCAGGUCAGGACCUUCGGGUCAGUCGUUGUCGGAGCUGCUGCUUCAGCUUGAAGACUACAGUCCUACUCUGCCGGACGCCGUGACGGCGCACUACCUGAACACUGCCGGACUCGAAGCCAGCGACCCUCGAGUCGUCAGACUUGUUUCCCUGGCGGCUCAGAAGUUCCUCUCGGACAUCACCAACGACGCCCUACAGCACUGCAAGAUGCGCGGCGCCGGACAGAGCAAGAAGGCGACCAAGGACAAACGCUACACGCUCACCAUGGAAGACCUGACGCCUGCGCUGCAGGAGUACGGCAUCAACGUCAAGAAGCCGCACUACUUCGUCUGACGUCGCGCCCUCUGGCCCAUCGAAGGGUCGCCGUCUCCGCCACCCUACGCUAACGACGUCGCCGCGGCGUUGUACCAGUUUGAAAUGUGAAAGACUGGCGCGAUUUUUGGCGGAUGCUACGAGUGUUCCUAAUCGUCAAGCCCAGCGGCGCCAGAUGCAGUGCGGGCUACGAUGUAUAUAGAUGUGUGAAAAAGCCGCUGCCGCCUUGGAAUUUUAUUUUUGGCGGCUCGAAAAAUUGCGUGUGUAGUGCAUCUCGAAAGACGUAAAUUGUGGAAGCAAAAAGAAAAUACGAGAGUGGGGACCUGUAAUGGUAACACACUUCGAUUAGGAGUGGAGUCUGUACAAAAUAAAAUGCGGUAAUUGGG